AAGAAGGCGGGUGGGUAGCAACAGUUGCCCCGGUGAGGACGGAGCGCCAUAGCCACGGUAGUCCUGGCGACAAGAACCCAGCAACGCGAAUCAACAACAACAACAACCCGAUUCCUUAAAAAAACCCAACACCAAAAAUUACCGGGGAAAAAAACCCAGCGAAACAUAGAGUGACGGUGGAGAGCCCUGGUCCUGGCAUGGCAAGUCAGGCCUACGUCUCAGAGCUGCAGGGGGGACAGUCCCAGUCGCAACCCGCUCCAACGCAGUACGUCACGGACACGUCCCUGCCAGCCCCCCCGCAGCCCCCGGCAGUGCAGAAACAGGCCCCCCCUCCUCCCACUCAGGCACAGACACAGGCAGCCCCACCUCAGCAAACCCUGCAGUACGUGAGUGAGGUGCAGAGCGCAUCACCCCAGUCCAGCUCCACACAGCCGUCCCCACAGUACAUCGUUGUCACUGUCACCGAGAGUACCCUGAGGCCCAGUGAAACAGUGUCGGACUCCAGCUCCCCCCCCACAGUGGUUCAGACUGCCGUUCCCACUCAGGUGGUGCAGCAGGUCCAGGCCUCCCAGCAGCGAUUGCUGGUUCAGGGGGGGAUCUCUGUGAAGGGCCAGGCUGUCCCCUCUCCUCUCCAGCAGGUCUCUUUACCGCAGCAGCAGCAGCAGCAGCAGCGUCUGAUUGUCCAGACCUCGUCUCCCACUGGGAAGGGUGGACAGGUGUCCACGCUGUCUAUCCAUGGAGUCCAGCAGCAGCAGCAGGUCCACUCUCCUCCUGAGAGGUCAGUGGUCCAGUCCACAGCGCCGACCCCUAAGCCUGCUCAGGUGCAGCAGCUCACUGUCCCGGGACUGCAGCAGGCCCAUGUGUCACAGGAGGUGCAGCAAUUGCAGCAGGUCCCAGUGCAGCAUGUCUACUCAAACCAGGUUCAAUAUGUAGAGGCAGGAGAUGCCAGCUACACCACCAGCACAAUUCGCUCCAGCAGCUACCCCUACUCUGAGACCCCCUUAUACAGCCAGAGCGCGGACCCCCCCUAUUACGAGUCUGGGGGCUCAGGGUCACAGGUCAGCACCCCUGUGACCUCUCAGGCCGUGCCCAGCGCCAGUGGGGCAGUGCCCAUGUAUGUGUCCGGGGGGCAGAUCGUAGCCAAUCCCAGCACAGCAGGGGCGGGGCCAGCGGCGGGGCAGGGAGGAAACACAGCGACGGCAGUGGCAGCAGGAAGCUACGUCAUCCAGGGGGGGUACAUGCUGGGCAGUGCCAGCCAGAGCUACUCACACACCACCCGGGCAUCUCCUGCUACUGUGCAGUGGCUGCUGGAUAACUACGAGACUGCGGAGGGCGUGAGUCUGCCCCGCAGCACGCUAUACUGCCACUACCUGCUGCACUGCCAGGAGCAGAAACUGGAGCCCGUCAACGCAGCAUCAUUUGGGAAACUCAUCCGAUCAGUGUUCAUGGGGCUGAGGACCAGGAGGCUGGGCACCAGAGGGAACUCCAAGUACCAUUACUACGGGCUGAGGAUCAAAGCCAACUCCCCCCUGCUCAGACUGAUUGAGGACCAGCAACACCUGGCCAUGAGGCAGCAGCCCUUCUCUCAGAAACAGAAGCUCAAGCCUGUGCAGAAGGUGGAGGGGAUGGCAAACGGCAUGUCUCUGGGGGGGCAGCAGCAGCAGGGCUCGGGCCUGUCAGACAUCAGCGCUCAGGUGCAACAGUACCAGCAGUUCCUGGAUGCCUCCCGCACUUUGCCUGAGUUUGCAGAGAUCGACCUGCAGGGGAAAGCACUGCCUGAUGGGAUAGCAAUGGAGCACAUCAAGGCCUUUCACCUGCUGUACCGCGAGCACUGCGAGGCUAUCUUGGAUGUGAUGAUAAACUUGCAGUUCACUCUGGUGGAGACACUGUGGAAAACAUUCUGGAGGUUCAGCGAGAGCCAGCCCAGCGACAGCACACCACUCCUAGUUCAUGAUGAGUCUGAGAAGAGGCUGCCGAAGGGCUGUCUGGUGGUCCUAUGCAAGUAUGAUCCUGUGCUGCGCUGGACCAAAGAGUGCGACAACAUGCUGUACCAGGGGCUAGUGGAGAUCCUGAUACCAGACGUGCUGAGACCCAUCCCCAGUGCCUUAACUCAAGCCAUCCGUAACUUUGCCAAGAGUCUGGAGAGCUGGCUGACCAAUGCCAUGAUGAACAUCCCAGAGGAGAUGGUGCGGGUCAAGGUAAUGGCAGCCAGUGCUUUUGCUCAGACCCUGAGGCGCUACACCUCUCUCAAUCACCUGGCCCAGGCAGCGCGAGCAGUCCUGCAGAACACAGCGCAGAUCAACCAGAUGCUGAGCGACCUCAACAGAGUGGACUUCGCCAACGUGCAGGAGCAGGCCUCCUGGGUUUGUCGCUGCAAUGACGUGGUGGUGCAGAGGCUGGAGCAGGAUUUCAAGCUCACCCUGCAGCAGCAGAACUCCCUGGAGCAAUGGGCAGCCUGGCUGGACAGUGUUGUCACACAGGUCCUCAAGCCCUACCAGGGAAGCACAGCUUUCCCCAAGGCAGCCAAGCUCUUCCUGCUCAAGUGGUCCUUCUACAGCUCGAUGGUGAUUCGAGACCUCACCCUGCGCAGUGCAGCCAGUUUCGGAUCCUUCCACCUCAUCAGACUGCUCUAUGACGAGUACAUGUACUACCUGAUAGAGCACAGAGUGGCGCAGGCUAAAGGAGAGACUCCCAUAGCUGUGAUGGGAGAGUUUGCUAACCUCGGACGUAGCUUGAACGCACUGGAUCCUGACAAGGAAGAAGAGGAGGAGGAGGAGGAGGAGAGUGACGAGGAGAGCCAGCAGGAGAUCUCCCUGCACUCCAGUGAGGUGCCAGGGCUGAGCGUGGAGCAGCUAGGGGAGCCACCAAGCAAGCUGGCACGCACUGACACCAGAGCCAUUUACACACAGGCAGCGCAAAUCAACUGAGAGAUGCCCGAGCCAUCGACACACAGGCAGCGCCCAGCAACUGAGAGACACCAGAGCCAUCGACACACAGGCAGCUCCCAGCACCUGAGAGACACCAGAACCAUCAACACACAGGCAGCGCCCAGCACCUGAGAGACACCGGAGCCAUCGACACACAGGCAGGGAAAAUCAACUGAGAGACACCAGAGCCAUCAACACACAGGCAGGCGUUUUUGGAGUAGCGUGUGUCAGUGUGGAAGUGUCUGUCUGUGUGGGAUUGAAAUCUCAAGAGCCCAGUUCGUGUUGGAUUUGUCAAGAUCUUUACUCUAAAGUGCAGUUUGCACAAUUUGUUAUUUUAAUUUGUUAUGCAAUGUAGUGUCCCCCUAAUAACACCUUUCCAACAGCUACUAACAGGGCUGUCCCUUAUAAAAGUUUACCAUAGUAAAAGCCCAGCCCAGUGUAAUAGAGCACAGUGAAGCAUGGUAAAGCACAGAGGUAUGGUAAAGCGUAUUAUAAAACAUGGCAAACCAGAGUAAACUAUGGUAAAUGCAGAGUAUAACCAUGGGAAGAACAUGGGGUGGGGGGGCUGUUAAAGUACUGUGCUAUAAGUGUUAAACUUUUAUAAGGGUGUGAGCAAAAUCCUAUGUGAGCACAUGUUGGUUUGGCUUCUUUGUUGGGCAAACACCAUGCUAGAUUGUUUUUCAUUAAAAAAAAAAAAAAACUCAUAAUAAUAAUAAUCAUAGUUCAAAUAAACGGUGCACUCUGUGUACAGACAUUAGUAAAUCUGACUAAAUUUCAUAUUGAAACACAACACACCACACCACACCACUCAGCUGCACACCAUUCAUUUACUCUCCCAAAAGUAGGUUAAAAUGAACAACAAACCCAAACCUUCACUGGAAAGGGGAUGAGGAAUGGUCUCUCUCCAGAUCUCGAUUUUGUUUGCAACUGGUUCACAGUCUGCUAUUCCAUGAUCUUUCCACAAGAGGGAGCCACCCGGUUCUCUGUAGAACUUGCCUGGAAGGAAAUGUGUUUUAGUGUGCAAGUUUAAGCCAUGUUAGUACAGUAUUCUGCCUUCAAAGCUUCUGUGACUGCCAAUUCCCUUUUCAAAUUGCCUGUGAAAUUAUGUUCUUAUGUUCUUAUUUGUCAUUGAAUUUAAUAUGAUUCUUGCAGGAUUCCUUGCAGCACUGUUUAGUGUCUAAUAGGUACAGAUGAAUCUAAAACAUGUGAGGCUUAAUGCAAGGGUAUUACGGAUUAAUACAUUUAUAAACAAACAAAUAAAAUAAGAAAUGUAGCUGCAAUGUUGGUAAUAUAUAGUAAUAUAUAUUUACAGUAAGUAAAUAAACAAAGUUUCAUAUAUAUAUAUAUAUAUAUAUAUAUAUAUAUAU